GCCACCUGGCUCAGCCUGGCCCCGGGCACUCGCCUCGUCACAUCAGACUCUUCAGCAGGGCUCAGGAGACUUCACAGCCAAGUCACUGCAGCCUGAAAGCUCUGGGAUGAAGCUGGGGGUCACCUGCCUGCUGUGGCUGCUGCUCGUCUGCCUGACCCUGCCCUCCAGCCAGGGCGGCGUUCUGCAGCGCUCCAUGGAAAUCAGGAGUAAGGAGAACAUGAACCCGGACAUCGACCCCUCGUGGUACACGGGCCGCGGGAUCCGGCCGGUGGGGAGGUUCGGGAGGAGACAAGCGCUGGCAGGGAGCAGCCAGCAGCGAGGCUGCUCCGCCUCCCACCCACACCCCCACCCUCCCCGGCCGGAGCUGAACCCCUGAA